UUCGUGGCCAAAACUUAUCCCCUCGAGUAUGAAUUUCUUCUUCCGCAACAAUCCAAACCCCAAAAUCGUCUACCCCUCUCUCUCCCUCCCCUCAUGGAUACUUUCUCAAGCUCUGUUUCAACCCUCAAAAUCCCUUCCCUUCCUUCAACUCAUCGUGACUUCUGUCACUUCAAAACCACUCCUUGUUCAUCACCUAACCUCCCUCCACAAUCCCACGCCCAUGUUUCCUCCUCUUCCAAACCUAACUUAACCUCCAAAACCAAGCCUUUAUCUCACAAGGGUUUUCCUUCUCUGGUCUUUUCUUCCUCUUCUCGCACCCCAUCUUCUCAAAAUCCAAUCGUCUAUCGCCAACCUGCUACUGGGUAUGCUGCAGCAGUCAUAGACAUAGCUCAAAGCAGCAAUUCUCUUCACGUGGUUCAGAGGGAUGUUCAGAGGCUCAUGGGGUUUCUGAAAGAUGUGAACUUUCAAGAGCCAGCUAUGGUGAGGGCAUUGGUGGAGCAGGGGGGGUUCCAUCGGCAUCUGGUGGUCUUGGUGAAGAUGCUGCUUAAGAAGAACAAGAUUGGGAUUGUGAAGCAAGUGUUGGAAGAAUUCGAGAGGAUUUAUGAUGAGCUUUGUGGCACGCAGGUUGUCUUGGUUUCUUCAGCAACUAAGAUGGAGGAAGAUCAACUGCUUGGGAUUGCUGAGAAUGUGCAGAAAAUCAGUGGGGCUUUGAAGGUUAAGGUUGAAUGCAUAAAGAGUGCAAUAAGUCAGAAACUGACAUUAUCACAUCUCAAAGUACCUGAUAAGAAGAGAUGGUGUUUCAAUUAUAAACAGAUAUGUUUCAGCAAAGAGAGGGAGGAGAACUACUAAUUUGUCUAACACAAAUGUACAUGAUCAAUAUCUCAAUGUUCAAGUGGGUCAGUGGGAGGUUGUGGGUCCCAUUCCUCUUAUAAUUUCAGAUCAUUAGUAGCUGCCUCUCUAAUUCAAAAAAAAAAAAAAAAGCAAAUGUUCAAGAGGAAAACAAAUUAUAAGCAGUGCUGCUAUCUGUACUUUUUUACGUUGGAUAUUGAUAUUGGUAUGGGUGAUGUUGCUGAUUUCCUU